AUGAAGUUCAGGAUAAUUUCCCUUCCGGAAUUUUUUCGCCGAAUAAUCAGACGAAAGCCAUUGCGUUCUGCAACGACACUGAAGACUCCACUGAAUAGGUGCCUAAGCCUUGCACAUCUCACUGCCUUCUGUGUAUCGUCCAUCAUUGGCAUAGGGUUGUACGACUUAGCUGGCCAACUUGUGCGAAAGUACACUGGACCAUCAACUGUGUUCAACUAUCUAAUUGUCAGCAUCACAGUAGUGAGCACUUCAUUAUGCCUAGCUGAGUUGACCACACUUAUGCCCAGGGCGGGUUCACUGUACAUCUACACCUACGUUACAUUUGGUGAAUGUGCCGCCUUCUGCACUGGAUGGAUUAUGGUCUCCGUGAUGAUAAUAAAUACAAGCGCCACCGCAAAAGCUUUCUCCGAUGCCGUUAACCGGCUAACUAAUGGCACGAUUCGUCACUGGAGCAAUGCUAAUCUACCCAGUCUGGGAAAUUCAGAAAUCGUCGAUUCCACCCCUGAUUUGUUGGCAAUGGUAUUCCUGAUCCUACUUGCCUUAGCCACCUUGAGUGGCGCUUACAUUUCGAUGACUGCCAGCCUUGUGUUUUCGGGCUUAACGGUUGUCAUACUUAUAGCUUUGUCAGUAUCCUGUUUUGUACUGGGAGAUGUGAACAAUUUUCACGGAGAAGACAGUUUUCUACCUUACGGAUUUAAAGGCUUGCUCGAAGGAAGUAUGCUUUCCAUAUUUACUGUUUCCGGAUUUGAAUAUGUGGCAAACGCAAGCGAGGAAGCUAAAGAUCCACGUCGAGAUAUACCGAUUGCCCUGGUACUGAGUGUUCUCACGUGCACAAUGGCAAAUCUGCUAAUAUCAUUUGGAAUAGCAUACGUUUUGCCACACUGGAAAAUAAGUGACUCACUUUCUCUGAUACACGCCUUCAAUCUAACGAAAGAGCCAUAUGUCUCAAUAUUAGCAGCGAUUGGUUGUAUUCUGGCCAUUGGACCUUCAAAAAUUGUGGCGAUGUAUACGAUCUCUCGGAUGCUGUACGCCAUAUCGUCAGAAGGCCUACUGUUCCCUUGUUUGGCUACCAUCGACGGGCGAACAAAGGUACCUUCAUGGAGUCUGCUUGUCGGAAGUGUGAUAUCGAUUGUUCUAGCUGGAUUUUUCAACCUUUCUUUUUUCGUACAUACAGGAGCUUUUGCAUCGCUCCUCACUUAUUUUCUAGUUGGAGUUCAGCUGUUUCUGUUUCGUUAUGUGCUUGAAGAAGACGUAACAGCAAUCGAUGUCGACAACGACAACAACGAGCAUGGUUUACCGACAAAAAAGCCACUUACAAAAACCCAAUCGUCCAAAUCCGUUUGUGCUAUGCGAAAAGGCGUACCAACAUUUCUAACUCGCUUGGAGGGGAAAUCUUGGUUCGUUGGAAUCUUGACCACGUUCGUAGGACUUGUUCUUGUCAGUGGCGGUGUCAUCAGUCUAACUCAAGGUACUACUGCGUGGAUUAUAGCUGGCGUAUCCGAAGUGUUUGUUCUCAUCACUGCGGCGCUGCUUUGUCUUUACCGUCCAAACGAAUUUUAUGGGGCAUUUCAGGUGGGUUUGAUCUUCUCACUGACCAUCAUGAAAUAUCAAUGCAUCACAUGUUCGGAAUUCGGUCGACGUUUGAUACGCACCAGGAAGGUGACACAAGACACCACGUUGGACACAAAGUUAAAACGAUGUCUGAAUGCCCCCCAACUGACCCUUUACUGUGUAGCUCACAUGGUCGGAGCUGGGCUAUAUGUGUUAACGGGCCAGCUGAUUCGUGAUUAUACAGGACCGGCAACCUCUCUCGCCUACUUGAUCUCUGUGGUGACCUCCAUCUUCACAGCGCUUUGUUACGCAGAAUUCACAACCUUAUUCCCCCGCGCAGGUUCUGCUUACAUCUAUACCUAUCUGAUGUUUGGUGAGCUACCGGCGUUUCUCAUCGGAUGGACCAUGAUCUCUGAUGUCAUAGUCUCGACAGCUGCCAUUUCCAAAGCCCUCUCCGGCACAAUCAACCUUCUAACUAAUAACACUAUUCGAAAUUGGUCAGAAGAACACCUUGUCAAAAUGUCAUAUACCGAGCUGUUCGACACUACUCCUGACGUUGUGGCUGCCGCAUUCAUCCUAAUCUUGAUUCUCCUCACAAUUACCGGCGCGCAUAUUUCCCUUACAAUCAACGCUGUCCUCUCCGGCCUACAAAUUGCAAGCUUAAUUGUGAUAACCAUCGCCUGCUUUUUGCUUGGAAGUCCAUCAAACCUAACGAACUACGGUGGGUUUCUACCAUACGGAAUCGACGGACUUUUGCGUGGGGCCGGACUGGCAGUGUUUGCAUUUUCUGGUUUCGAAGCAGUAGCAAACGCCAGUGAAGAAGCUCGUAAUCCACGCCGUGAUCUACCGAUAGCUUUGUUUGGCGGAUUGAUCAUUUGUGCGGUGCUGUAUAUCACUGCGUCACUUGGCUUGGCUUAUCUGGUACCACCAAAGAGCCUAUCUUACGAGUCACCUUAUGUGUCGGGAUUUGCCCAAGUGGACAAUUUGGGGAUGAUGGGUUUUGCAGCAUUUGCUACCAUUUUGGCUACAGGUGCCACAAAACUGGUCGCAAUGUACGUCAUUCCACGUAUGUUCUAUUCCAUCGCACAUGAUGGCCUGCUGUUUGGAUGUAUGGCAUUUGUGGAGAAGAGAACGGGUGUACCCCUCUGGAGUUUACUUAUUGGCGGUAUUGUCACAAUCCUCCUGGCCACUUUCAUCAACGUCAAAGCAUUGGCGCAGUUCACCUCGGUCGGGAUCAUCUUUUGUUACUUUGUGAUUGGUCUCGACCUUAUGGUGUUACGUUACUUGGUUAGUGAACUGCACUACCUAACAGAUGAUGGAUCCGAGAUUCUAGUCGAGAAUGCAGAACAUGAAUACUCUCUUGAUGAGAAACCAUCACUCAAGGUCGAUCCAAAACCAUCCACCGUGCGUCUUCGCAAAUAUAUUCCAGUGUGCUUACGUGACCUCGAAUCAGAUAAAAAUUUUAACACACUACUACUCAUCUACACAACUGCCGUUAUUUUCGUUGGAAUCACGCUAAAUGUCGCUGUUAAAAACCACAUCAACUGGGUCUGGAUCUUGUGUGGAAUAUCCGGGGCUAUCUGCUUCUUCACUUUUGUAUUACUCUGCUUCUAUCAGCCACACAGAAACUUAAAAGGAUUCGAAAAAUUUUAUUUCCUUAACACGGUUACUCCCUCUUUUGCGUCGCCUACAGGUUUGGUAAUCUACUUCUCUUACGGCAUAUGGUUUAGCAAAGCGGACGAGGAGCCAGAAUCCAAAGAACUCAAACAAUCGAACAUCGGUGACCGGUAUAAAGUUCCUGACCCACAAAGCGAUCAGACAUAG